CCCAAACAAGGAUUGGUUACAGGCUUAGAGCCCAUAUAUAAGCGUGCUAACGAAGCCAUAGAGAUUUUUUGGUUCUCGUCGGGAGAGUGGUUCUGCGUGUUCACUAACACUUCAGCCAUGGCGGAGCAGACGGAGAAGGCGUUUUUGAAGCAACCAAAAGUUUUCUUAUGCUCGAAGAAAUCUGGUAAGGGAAAGAGACCUGGAAAAGGAGGCAAUCGCUUCUGGAAGAACAUUGGCCUUGGUCUCAAGACCCCAAGAGAUGCAAUUGAAGGAAAGAGUUUGAUGAUGAAAGGGACAAGGAUGAAUAAAAGUUUGCUAACUACCCUUCUCAAAAGGGUUCUGCAAAUCGCUCUGAGCAUAAGAAGGGUUCUGAUUAUGAGGCAAAUUAUCCCAAGGCGCUCAGCUGAAGAGGGCACCACGGAACAGAACAGUUGUGAGGAGCCAACCGUUAAGACAAUGGAUGAAAAUGAAUCGAUAAAGAAAACACUGAUCAGGUUCGGGGCCAAGGAACAGAGGGUGAAGAUGAUGAGGAGCCUUCUGAUUCUCCAAUUAAGAAUGGAGGGAGAGAAGAAAAGGUUUGUGGAUUUCGAAAUGGGAGCUGAGACGCGAUACCUUCAGUUUGAAUUUGUCACGUACUGGUAUUUCAUUGGAUUGCGAUGUUCAAGAGGAGUCGAUUACCUUGGAAUAUUUGGAGAUUUUAACCAUAGACAUGGAUCUUCUUCCAAGUUAACGUGUUGUACACGAGACCUAACGGUCACAGGUGUGCAUCUUGAAUCAUGUGGAAUAUUACUUCCAGUAACUAUGAACAAGCUUCGUGAGUUCAACAUUAUAUGGUGCAGCAUAUCUGAGAUAAAGAUGGGCAAUACAGUUUCUCCUCUACACAAUCCGAGUAUCACAUGCUUCUUGAGCCUCUCCAAAGCGAUUAUACUGGAUUGCAAAUGCCUCAUGGAAUUGACGUUGCUGAUGUUUCGCUCCGAAUUU